GGUCCCGGCGCCCCGCGGGCCCAGCGCGCCAGCCUGACGGCGGCCCACCCACCGCGAGCCUUAACGGUCGCUGUCUCGGGCGCCCCCAGCCCAGCCAGCCGCACCGCACCGCACCCACACCACUUCAUCAUCUCUCGCCGCUGGCCUUCCCCUGCUGCCUGCCUGCCUGCCUUCCUCGCUUCCAAGCGACACCCAUCCGAAGCGGCAGCGAGCGGCAACAGCCAACAGCCACCACCACCACCUGAGCCGCUGAGCGACGACCCCUUGGCUUCCACUCCACUGAAGCAGGCGAAAAAGGAGGGAAACAAGCGGGCAGGCGUGAGGGAGGAAGGAGGAGGAGGAGGAGGAGGAGGAGGAGAAGCCAUGGCGAGCGACGGCGACGGGAAGGGCCGCGUCGCGACGGCGCCGGGGGGAGGGUACGGGUACGGGUACGGGUACGGCGGCUACGAGGGGUUCGAGGACCGGAAGUGGUGGCCGUGGCUCGUGCCCACCGUGAUCGUCGCCUGCAUCGCCGUGUUCGUCGUCGAGAUGUACGAGAACAACUGCCCCAAGAACAGGAGCCAGCUCGGCGGCUGCGUCGCCGGGUUCCUCCGCCGCUUCUCCUUCCAGCCGCUCCGCGAGAACCCGCUGCUCGGGCCGUCAUCCUCCACUUUGGAGAAAAUGGGAGCUCUUGACUGGAAUAAAAUUGUUCAUCAAAACCAAGGGUGGCGCCUUAUUAGCUGCAUUUGGCUCCAUGCUGGCCUAAUCCAUUUGGUUGUGAACAUGCUAAGUUUGCUGUUUAUUGGAAUCCGCCUUGAGCAGCAAUUUGGAUUUGUCCGCAUUGGUGCCAUAUACCUACUGUCUGGUUUUGGUGGCAGCGUGUUGUCUGCACUCUUCCUACGGAACAAUUACAUCUCUGUUGGUGCUUCUGGAGCUUUAUUUGGCCUGCUUGGGUCCAUGCUUUCUGAGCUACUCAUGAACUGGACUAUAUACUCCAACAAGGCAGCAGCUAUAAUAACACUCCUGUUUAUUGUUGCACUCAACUUAGCUAUUGGGAUAUUACCUCACGCUGACAACUUUGCUCACAUUGGUGGCUUCGCGACGGGUUUCCUCUUGGGUUUUGUUCUGUUGGCAAGGCCUCAAUUUAGCUGGAUGGAGCGCCAUGAGUUGCCACAGACUAACCAACCUCCCAAGUACAAAGCGUACCAGUAUAUUUUGUGGGUUGUGGCACUCGUCUUGCUGUUAGUUGGGUUUGUGGUUUCACUGGUGAUGCUUUUCAAAGGGAAGAAUGGGAACGAUGGCUGCCACUGGUGCCACUACCUGAACUGCGUGCCAACAUCUAAGUGGAAGUGCAACACCUAGACACCUCAGUUUUCUGUUACACUCUCCGGCGAAACAUGUAGUAUUCAGAUUCAGAAGACCAUUUUUUAUGUUUGUUUGUCUGUAGAUAUGAACAAGUUCUUUGUUCUUUGCUGGGUUGGAGUUUCCUGGUCUUUGUAAACUGUUUUGUUGACGGUUGUAUGUUUAUAACUCGAGCUUGAUACCUGUUCAAAAUUGUUGUUUAGAAUGUCAGUGUCUAUUAUUUCGCUGA